AUGCCGGAACUUCCCCACGGAUGGCGUAUGAGGAACAGUGCGGGCGAAGUCGAAGGCCCACCUCCGGAAGACGAUUACUCAGAUAGCGGAAGCGAGGAGCCUUUCGACAUCAAACCAGACUCGGAAGGAUGGGAUGAUGUUGAAGACGACUCGGAGCCCGUAAGCAUCCAAUGCUUACUUACCGAUGAAAAGUUCCCAUCAGCCAAAGCGAUGAUUGAACAUUGCAAAGACAAGUUGGGCUUUGAUUUUGUCGCCAUCCAGCAACAACACAAAUUGGACUUUUAUUCCAGCAUCAAGCUGGUGAACUACAUCCGAGCUGAAGUCAAAGCUGGAAAGGAGAAGCCUGAUGUGAGCGAUCCUACUUUGUGGGCCGACGACAAGUAUCUUCAGCCUACCUUGGAGGACGAUGCCUUACUGUUCGGAUUGGAUGAGCUGGAUGAUACCCCAUUGGCGGUAGAUGGAGACGAUGCAGAGGCUGGUGACGAGCGUAAGGCAUGA